AGCCAUGGCUCUCUGGUAGAUGCUCAAAGCGGCUGUUGUCAGAGCGAAUUAAAUCCAGCGUCGCGCGCCGCUUUCCUCCUGACCUUGCUCGCCUCCGGUUUUUAUUUAUUUAUUUAUUUAUUUCGCAAUUUAAAUAUUUCAUCCAGGAUUCCUGCGCUGCCUCUCCAUGGCUACAUCGGAUGGACUAGACGGCUGUCUGCACCGAGGCAGAUCUCAAAGUGACCCGAACAUACUCAGCGAACCGGGCGUUGAAUUGUCUCACGGCACAGUAGAGCUCGUGGACCAGCAGAGGGUGCUCAGGACAGGCUGCUUGGUGUCAGGGGUCCACACACCACCCAUCAGACGGAACAGCAAGCUGGCCACCCUGGGGCGAAUCUUCAAACCCUGGAAGUGGAGAAAAAAGAGAAAUGAAAAGCUGAAGCAGAGCUCCACAGAUGUAGCAUUAUCCAGCAGUCUUACGUGCCAUGACCCCAGCUCUCCCAGUCAGGGCUGCUGCUCAGACGGUGCCGUCUUACUUGGUGGGUUUGGGGGAUCUUUGACUCAGAACCUGACCGUCAGCAGCGUGGAAUACCUUGGUCCUGAAGAGGAGCAUCCCCUGUCAGUAGCCGCUCCACUCCAAGACUGUGAACGGGUGGAGGUGAGCGUACCCUCACUGGAGGAGGGGGGAGAAGAGGAGGCGCGCCCAGCAGGGGACCUACCUGAGAGGCUGCAGGACUCAGGAGAACAGGUGGAGGAAAGAACAGAAGAGGAGAUCCCUUCAGGAACAUCUCCGCCUCAAGUACCUCCUAAACUUUUACCCCAGCUGAGUACUGGAGAUGACUCAGGACCUGUGUCACUUCCUGCUCACCUGCCCAACUCCUAUCACCCCAAGGAGCCCCCGCCCAGGGCCACAGAAAGUCUAGCUUCUAUGACCCUGCCUCUAAGAGGGCCCCUGGCAAACUCCUCAGGGUCCCCACAUCUGGGCAAUAUGAUCCACCCUCCCAUGCCCCCCAGCUGUAUCAUGGAGGAACUGCAGCGAGCCUUUGCUUCCAAGAACAGACAUGAGAGUGUUCAUGACGGGUGUGAGCAGGGCUCAUCGCCACGGCUCUGGUGCUCUGACGGGCGUCUGUCUCGCUCCUGCAGCUCUGAGAACCAAUACUCGUCUCCGCUGGGCAGCAGCUACACGGGAGGAGGAAGAGGAGGAGGAGGAGGGUCUGACUGGCCCAAGAAGGAAGCAGAGGAGAACAAGGAGAACGUACGGCUGGACCAGUGUUUCUCCAAGACCUCAGGCCUCCCCUUUGACCUCGACGGCUGGAACGAGUCCGUCAUCUCUGGCACACUUCCUCGCAGGCUAAGGAAGGAGCUGCUGGCUGUCAAACUACGAAACAGGCCGAGCAAGCAGGAGCUGGAAGACAAGAACAUCUUCCCGGCACGGAGCGAUCAGGAGCGGCAGGAGAUCCGCCAGCAGAUUGAGAUGAAACUCGCCAAGAGGCUGAGCCAGAGACCAAACGUGGAGGAGCUGGAGAGUCGGAACAUUUUAAAACAGAGAAAUGAUCAAACAGAACAAGAGGAGAGAAGGGAGAUCAAACAGCGGCUAAACAGAAAGCUCAAUCAGCGGCCGACGGUAGACGAGCUCCGAGAGAGAAAGAUUUUAAUCCGCUUCAGUGACUAUGUGGAGGUGGCAAAAGCUCAGGACUACGACCGCAGAGCAGACAAGCCGUGGACUCGUCUCUCAGCUGCAGACAAGGCGGCCAUCCGAAAAGAGCUGAACGAGUUCAAGAGCACCGAGAUGGAAGUGCACGCCUCGAGCAAACACUUAACCAGGUUCCACCGGCCAUGAAAGCCGAGUUUCUUCUGUGAAGAAAUGCUGAGCGUAGACAUUUCCUGAAGCUGCUUGAUGCUGCUCAGUGGUGACGGAUCAAAGAGCCUGGAGCCGUUUUGUCUUCAGAGCGUCUUUAACUUCCUUCCAGCGCCCUCAAAUGAUCAGUAGGAAGAAACAGGUGUGGGAGAAGCAACAGUGUUUGCAGCAGUGCGUCCUGGAGACUCCUGGGCGCGACGUGGAAGCUGGCAGACGGGACAGACUGGUGGAGCCUCUGACUCUCAGGACAAGAGCAGAGCAAAAACAAUCUUAUAAUUCUUUUAUUUCUUUUUGUACUAAUUCAUGAACUACUUUGACAAAAUGGUGUGUAGUGGGAAGAAGUAGUGCAUGUGACCAGCUUCACUCUUUUUUUAAACUGAUGAAUAAUGUGUCACUUGGACUGUGUACAGACUGUGAAGUCUGGGGAGAUAAUCCAGGGGAGGGGUUUGAUAUGAACUGUACAUACAGUAUGUCAAUCAGAACGGGCCGUUAAAUGUCUUCACUGAAAAGAGAAAUACCUU